AUGUUAAAGGCUGAAUAUCGGGAAUUUGUAAAUCCCUCCAAGUGUGCAACGUUAAAUGAAUUAAUCGAAUGGGCAAGAGAUAGAGAAAUUGAGAUAAAAAGACAGGUUGAACGGGGAGAGAAAAGAGUAGCAGAGAAGCCUACCAACGCAAGCCCAUCGAAAAAGGCAAGAUAUCAAGACCAAAGCAAAAAGGGGAAAACAAGUAGUGAAAUUCCGACUUGCAAGACAUGUGGGAAGCAUCAUUCGGGUGAAUGUUUGUCGGGAAAGAAGGGAUGUUACAAAUGUGGACGAGAGGGACAUCCGUUUUAUAGGUGCCCCGAAAACCCAAAGGCGUGUUAUAAUUGCAAUGAAACGGGACACAUUAAGGCGGAAUGUCCGAAACUCCAACAAGGGGCAAAGAAAGAAGGAAAGAAGGAUGAGCCUCCCAAGGCUCGUGGGAGGAUGUUCCAGUUAACCUCGGAUGAAGCUAAACUAGCCCGGAUGUGGUUUCAGGCAAGUAGGUCGUUCAUUUCUAAUGAAUUGUUAGCUCACCCAUCGUUUAAGCUUGAAAAGAUGUUAAUACCCUUAGAGGUGGAAGUUGCUGAUAGUAAAAGCUAUUUGUUGCACGAUAUUUGCAAAAACUGUAAGAUAAUAAUCGAAGAUGAGGAAUUUAGUAUAGAUCUUGUUCCAAUGUACAUGGGAGAAUUUAAAGUAGUUGUAGGAAUGGAUUGGCUAGCCCAAAACCAUGCUGAAAUUCAAUGUGAAAAGAAAGUCAUUCAUAACGGAGGAAGGGCGUAUCUAUCUUAUGUGAUUGACACCGAUCGAGGUGUUCCAAAGCUUGAAGAUGUAAAUGUAGUGAACGAAUAUCCGGAUGUGUUUCCGGAAGAAUUACCAGGGCUUCCGCCCGAGCGGGAAGUAGAAUUCAAGAUAGAGCUUAACCCGGAUGCAAAGCCGGAAAAGUUAUAUGCAAAGUUCUCAAAGUGUGCCUUUUGGCUUAGAGAGGUACAGUUUUUGGGUCAUAUAAUUGAUGCGGAGGGUUUCCAUGUGGACCCGUCCAAAGUGGAAGCGGUAAUGAACUGGGUACCCCCAAAGAAUCCAAGUGAAAUAAAAAGUUUAUAG